AAUCAUGGAAGUCGCAACCUACGCACCUUACCGCCAACACACUUUCCAACCAGACUUCAACCCGCACUAUAGCCAAUACCACGAGUCUCGAAGUCAAACCUCUCAUCCCGUCUCAGUGCAUCCUGCCAUGACAAGCCAAUAUCAAGAGGUCAGACGUGCAGGUCAACGUCAGGCGCCACAGCAGAGCUCUGCUGUGCCGACAUCGCAGGACGAUGUGAACAAACCUUCCCUUCCAUCAAUCUCAAACCUCUUGGGCAUAGCAGAUGGGGACAGAGCUUCAGUCCCUAGCCAAGAGACCACACAGCAAGCGCAAGCUUACUACUCAUCGGCUCCAACAGAGCCAGCAUUUGGCCAAGGCUACGUGACGGUAGCAGAACCUAUGACUUCGACUAGAGGCCCACUACCUCCUUCGCCACCACCCCUGCGAUCAGACUCGGUUGUCGAGACUACUCAUAGUCCCACUUCAAUAGUUGGACAAUCCUACUUCCUCGGGUCAUCUCUCAACAACGUGGAGGCUCAUCAGCAAAGGUCUAUACCCGUGAAGCGUCAUUCCGUGCCCAUGCCCGGUGGUGGCAUGUACACAACAUCACCCUACACGAUGGCUGCCUACAACUCAUCGCCCAGCGCGAUGUCGACCAGCUCUUACUACUCUGCCGAUGGUGUAUAUGGAAUGAACAAUGUCUACCAACAACGACCACUGCCGUCAAACUUUCCCCCAGUCAUGCCGGGCGCGGUGAUCGCAGCAUCCAGCAUUCCCGCGCCGAACAUGUGGGAACAUCACCAUUACAUUGCUCCUUCCAGCCAGACAACAUACCCACAAUCCCAGGAUCGUUAUGUCUGCCAGACUUGCAACAAAGCGUUCUCGCGGCCGAGCAGUCUCAAGAUUCACAACCACAGUCAUACCGGAGAGAAGCCAUUCAAGUGCACACAGCCGGGUUGUGGAAAGGCAUUUAGUGUUCGAAGCAACAUGAAACGACACGAGAGAGGCUGCCACGCAGGAUCGUCUAAUAUGUUGGCU